GGUAGAUGUCCAAAUCUGUCUCAAUACCCCUAGCUCUCAGUGAACUAAAGCGAUGUUCACUUAAACGUUUGAGUUCUCAUAGAGAGCACCGAGACACUACCCUAAACGGAUUCGUCAUUUCCGUAGCUGACGUAGCAAAUGGGGUUCGAGUUUAUGGCACAGCUGCCGAACGAGCUGGUCUCACGGUCGGAGAUGAAAUACUUGCUGUAAAUGAUGUCGAGAUUGAAGGAAAAUCCCAUGAGGAAGUUGUUAAAUACAUCCAAGAGUGCAUUCGGUCAAGGAUAAUACAACUGAAAGUCCGUCGAAAAUCCAUGGACAAAACAGAUUUGCCAACGCCAAGCGAACCAACCGUGACUGAAGCGUAUUUGGUGUCAGUGAACAAAGACCGUAUCAAAGAAGUUACGAAACGGUUGAAAAGGAAAAAUCCAUCUGUAAAAACGUUUGACAUGGAAUCAAUUGCAUCAGAACCAGCAACAUCAUGUCAAAAUCCCUCCACAGCAUCUCAGCAUCUCCAAGUGAACGAUCGCUUGAAACUCUAUGAAUCGGAUGUAAAAACACGAAUGUCGCAGAAAGCACAAAGAGAAAAGGAAAACGACUUCUUGAGGUCUUCGCUCCGGCAGUCGAAGAAAUUGCAGGCUUUAGCUGCAACCAAAGAGAAGACAGUGUGUAUAGAUAUGCCUGAUUUGAACCCAGAUGGAAAAUCUGGUGCUAAAACUAUAAAUGGAUAUGAGAAUCAAUGUUAUGACCAAGGCGACACGACAAUCAGUGAAAAGCUGGAAAGUAACAAUAAUCAAGCUAUACCUUUACAACAAGUUAUCGUAUCUGUGGAUCGAAUAACGGAUCAUCUUUCGAAGGUGGAAGGGAGGGAGGAGGAGUCGAAAAUUUUGCAUGAGUACUUUCAUUCGAAGCCUGUGCAGGCAGCUAUUGAAGCUGUUGCAGUUCAUCGGAAGGGAGACGAGGAAAGAAAACAAGAGGAAUCCACCCAUGUCCCGAAUGGUACCACCGCUGUUGUGUCAGAUGCGAAAACCUCCGAGCCAAAUGUGCACGUGGUAUCGCUCUUCAAGCGUGAAGACAGCUAUCUGGGUGCCACGGUUCGAAACGAAGACGACCGCAUAGUCGUAGGUCGAGUCGUCAAAGGCGGAGUGGUGGAGAAGACAGGGCUACUCAAAGAAGGUGAUGAGCUGUUGGAAAUGAAUGGCAUCGAUCUUCGAGGCAAAAACGUAUCUGAGGUCUGCGAGCUGCUACGUAACAUUGCCGGGGAAAUCCGAUUCGUGGUCUCUUCACCAGUUCAAGAGCAACGGAAGAAAACACCACCUUCUUCUAAUGUGAAAUAUAUGCGAGCAUUGUUUGAUUAUGAUCCUGAGGACGACAUUUAUGUUCCCUGCAAAGAGCUUGCUCUGAAAUUUCAACGAGGAGACAUUUUGCAUGUGAUGAGCACGGACGAUGAGAAUUGGUGGCAAGCCUACCGAGAAGGAGACGAUAACACUCAAUCGUUAGCAGGACUCAUACCAAGUUCCAGUUUUCAUCAGCAAGUGGUGAUGUAUAUGGACGAGAUGGACAGGGAUACAAAGCCAAAAUGUCGAACCGAUUCAAAAAAGAGAUUACAUGAGGUGAUUCGUACACUCGGACGCAAAUCCUCGAAAGAAGUGCAACGAAGUGCGGAUGAACCUACUCCAAAUAACAUCGGCUACCAUUCAGAUCUUCUAACUUACGAAGAAGUGGUGCUGUAUCUGGCUCGAACAGACCGAAAACGAACGUUAAUUCUUUGUGGUCCAGAAGGAGUUGGCUGCUUGGAAUUGCGGCAACGAUUGUUAGAAUCGGACAGAGAUCGGCUAGCUGGUCCCAUGCCUUAUACUACUCGUCCGCCGAGAGAUGGGGAACUUGAUGGCAUUCACUAUCACUUCAUUUCACGGCAACAAUUCCUGGAUGACGCUAAGGCGGGAAAAUUCGUCGAAUUUGGUGAAUUCGAAAAGCAUAUGUAUGGCACGGCUGUGAACGAUAUUAUAAAUGUUAUUCGAAGAUCGAAAACUUGCAUUCUGACGCUGAAAGCAGAGUCGUUGGUUGCUGUUCGAACAGCUGACAUCAUGCCAUUCAUACUUUUUGUCGCUCCACCAUCGUUGCAAACGUUGCGUAGACAAAAGGAAUGUGCUGGACAAUUUAGUGUAAAAGAUGAUGAAUUAAAAGCGAUUCUUACACAAGGAAAACAUAUCGAACAGAAGUUCGGUCACCUCUUCGACAGCAUAAUUGUGAAUACGGAUUUCGACAAAUCCUUAACCUAAAUAAAGGCGGUCCUGAAACGACUGGAAACCGAACCACAGUGGGUACCGGCAGAAUGGUUAUCGUGAUUCUUCAUCGAAAAAAUGCUUUCUCUCCAAAUACGGGCAAUUUUCUGCUUCGCUUCCUCGUAUCACUGCUCUAUUAUCAUCUGUACACUGAAGUUUGCAUUCCCAUUUCAUUACCUACCCUAUUUUCCGAAUUGUUGUAUACAAGGUAUUCUCGAUUUCUACUAUCCAUUUCCUAGUCGAAAUGAUCCCAUACAGAAGGGUAAACGUUGUGAUUCCGUCUUUAUUCCUAGGCUUGACUACUGUGAUGUUGUACUUAUGCAUAAUGUAAGCAUUUUUGGAACUGUGCUAAAAAAUAAAGUUCUUAAUCUGCC